AUGGAAGAGGAAAAUUAUAUUAAAAAAUAUAGCCAAAGAUUUAAUAAAUGCAAAGAAAGAAUUAAUGAAAGUCAUAAUGCAAGUGAAAUAAUUGAAAAUAAUAUUUGCUUUAAAAAGGAAUUAUGUGGUAACAUAAAAUUUGAUAUUUUCGAAAGAGCAAAUUGCAAAAAACGUUUGUCAUCAGAUAAAAUAUUAGAUAAAUUAAUACAACAAUGUAAAAACAUGGCUGUUAAAAAUGAACUAUAUGAAUUUCAUUCUAAAUGCAUCGAAUUUACAAAUGAUGAAAAUAAAAUUGACAAUAAUUUCUCAUUUCGAUCUCAAGAUUUUUUUGCUUGCUCAAAAUGUAAUCAAAAAUUUUACGAAAAGGCUAAACUAGAAUCUCACAUUUUAUAUGACUGUGAAACCAAUCAAAAAUAUACUUGUGACAUUUGUAAAAAAAAUUUUAGUUAUUUUGGCAUACUUAAAAGACAUAUAAUUGCUCACAUGAAAGUGUCAGAUGAAAAUAAAAAAAACUGUGCUCAAGAAAUCUGUGAAUCUGAUUCACUGAAUCCUACUUUUAAUUUUUCUCCUGCAACUUGUGAUAAACACAAUGAACCUUUAAUUCAGGUUACUGGAACAAAAGAUUAUCAGUAUAAUAAAGAUGUCAAACUGAGUAAAUCAUUGGAUUCACAAUCAAAACAAAACAAUAACUCGGGAAAAAUUGUUUUAAGUGACUCGGAAUUAAUUUUAUCAAAAUUUAAAAAGUCUGGUAGAGUCUUAUCAAAUUGUGAAAUAAAAAUUCAAACUAAAAGCCUUAAUUUUUCACUUCAAUCUUCUGCUUUUAAUUUAAAUAAAUUCAAAUGGAAUCGUAAAAUAUUUCAAUUGUAUAAAUGUUACAAAUGUAAAUGUAAAUUUAAUAACAAAAUUUCAUUAAAAAACCAUUUAGAAAAUGCACAUUCUAAUGUAACAUCAAAUAAAACAAAAAAUAACAACAAUAACACUCUUAACAACUUAGAUAAUGAUUAUUUUUUAAAAGAUUGUAAUUUGGAGGACAGAAUGACUUGUAAGGUUUGUCAAAGGGCAUUUACAAAAGAAUAUUAUAUGAAAAAGCAUAGAUAUUUGCAUGAAAAUUCCCUUGUUAAGUAUGAAAAUUUAUUACUCUCUCAUUUUACUAUUUCGCAUCCUGCAGAACUACCAUAUAAAUGUUUUUGCUGCAAAUCCCAAUUCCCCAGUUUUCAAAAUCUCAAAGAUCACAUAAAUCACGAUAACUUGAAUAAAUGUACUACUUUUCUUUCUCGUGCCAAACUUUUUCGCAAACCCAGGGUGAAACGUAAAUCACAAUCAGAAUUUAAAUGUAAAUUUUGCUAUGUUAAAUAUUUUAACAAAACCAAAUAUAGAUUGCAUGUAAAAGUUUGCCAAAAAAAUCCAAAGGAAAAUUUUAAUUUAACUCAAAACGAUAUUAAAAAAAAAAUUAAUAAAUCAAAGAAUAGUCGACAGCUUAAUUGGGAAAGUAAAAUUAUUGUAAAACGUUUGAGAGGAAAAUCUAAUUUAGAAAAUAAUGAGGAAGAUUCGGAAAAUAAUGAGAAAAAAAAAUCGUUUAAUGUAUCUUCAUUAUUUUUUGACGACACGGAUGAAAAUUUAACGAACAGAAAAGGAUGGUUUGAUAAUUAUUAUAAGACUAAUGAGGAUGACAUAACUUUUGGUUCGGAAGAAACGAGUGGAAAAAAUUUAAACACUAAACAGUCCUUAAGGGAGGUAUCGAAAAAAAAUAAACGAGCAGGGUCGGAAAAAGUAAAAGAUAUAAUGUUUUGUGAGUCGGAAACAUCCGAAGAAAGUGAAAAUGAAGAAACAACGGAAACGGAAACGACGCCAUUUGAAUUCGAUUCGAAAAAAUGUCGUUUAUGCCAAAUAAUUUUUGAUCAAGAAUACGAACUUUUACAUCAUUUUAUUAAAAUUCAUCCGGGUGAAUCCGCUCAUAAAUGUCCCCAUUGUGACGUUACGAGUCCUUUAUAUGCACAAUUGAAAGAACACAUGAAAAUUCACGGAAUCGGAAUCGGAAUUUUCAAUUGUGAAAAUUGUUCGAAAAAAUUCAAAAGCGAAAAGAAAAUAAAAAAUCAUUACUUCCGGUGUAAAGGAAGGAGCGUCGUAGAUUUUAAAAAUGGCAAAACAAAUUUAAAUGAAUCUUUUAAAGAACAAUGCAAACGCUGUAAAAAAAAUUAUUAUACGAAAUUCGGAUAUCGAAGGCAUAAAAAAAUAUGCAAAAACAGGAAUAAAAUGAUGGAAAAGUUUGACGGUGGUUUAAAUUUAUUUUCCGGUAACGAUUUCGAACGGUUAUCAAAUGACAAUGACUCCGUAAAAGUUAUCAACGACGGAAUAUUAUUUCAAAAUAUCGAUAAUGAAUUAAAAAACAAAGGAGAGAAUGACGGGAAAUCGGGAAAUGGGAAAAAAAUGACGACUGAACCUGGGACAAAUAAUUUUACAUGUCGGUUGUGUAAUGAAAAAUUUAAAUACGAAAGAGGGAUAGUCGUGCAUUUCAAAGGAAAUCAUCCCGGUCAUAAACCUCUCAUAUGUCACGUUUGCAACGUACCUUUGGCCGAUAAACUGAAGGAACAUUUGAAAACACACGGGAUAGGCGAGGAAUUCAUAUGCGAACUUUGCGGAAGAAAAUUCAAUCAGAAAUUUUUAUCGAAAAUACACGAGAUGUGGCACGAGGGAAUCGAAUAUAAAUGCGAUAAUUGCAAACAAAAAUUUCUCAACCGGGAAAAAAUGGAGAAACACGUGGGAGAGAAAAAAUGUAAAAAUCGUGUGUCUCUCAUGAAAUUACCCUGCGUCGUUUGCGGAAAAUCUUACAGGUCGCAAUUCGGAUUGAACAAACAUUAUUUGACUCACACGCCCAAAGAUGAACGUCCGGUAAAGAAAAAAAUGAAUUGCGAAUUUUGCGAAAGGUGGUUCGAAAACGUGAGCGGUUUGGAAAGGCACAAAAGGAUUCACACGGGAGAAAAACCUUUUUGCUGUCGUUACUGUCCGAAAACUUUUGCUCAAAAAGGAAAUUGUAAAGCACACGAAAGAAUACACACGGGAGAAGUAAAUAUUCGAAAAAGGAAAAAAAAACAUGAGGGAAAUUCAAACAAGGGUGUAGGAUAA